AUGGACGGCAGCGGCGGUGAGCUCAGGCGGCUGCGGCGGCUGGAAAAAUACCUCAGAGUCAUGGUCGUUGCUUACAGCGAUGCUGGGUUGAUUUUGAUCGAGGCAGUGCCUAUCGUCGGAAAACUAUCCUUUUACGUGGAUAAUCCGGUUUCUAGGGAAUUUGUAAAAAUCCUUCCUCCAAGGUUUCAUCAGAAGGCAAUUCACUAUCCGUUGGGUAUUGUCACACGAAUCGAUAACGGCGUCCUUUUGAGUUAUAAAAUUAUUUCUUAUGAUGGAAAACAGAACUACAACUACUGCAAGAUUUUAAGGUUAAUGAUAUAUUCAUCUGAGACAGGCUUGUGGAAUGACGAAACUGUCCAUUUGCCUUUCUCCUUUGAGUUAAUUAAUAAAUGUAGGUGCUCCAUUAGCUUGAACGGAAAUCUUUACUUGCUAGCCUGCAAGGAUGACCUUAAAGAAUUUGUUUUGUCCAUCGAUUACAACGCCACUUGCCGUGUAACUCCUUUCCCUGAUUUAGACAAACGUCGUAAAUUCGAAAGAUUUUUCACAACUUCUCAAGGGAAUCUCAUGUAUAUGAACAUAUUCUUCCAUGAUGGAAGUCUCGAUCAUAAGUUAUUCUUCCAUGAUGGAAGUCUCGAUCAUAAGUUAUGUGUAUGGACGCUAAAGAGCUGGGAAUGGCAACUAGUAUCUGAAAUCUCUGCGGAUUUUACCAAGACCUUUCAGUUGGCAAUAAACCUUUUUGAUGCUACAACAGCUUACUUUCGGUGCAUGAAGCGCCACUGUUUGCUAUCUAUUAACUUAGACAAUGGGGAGUUUGUUAGAUACCUGAAAGAUAACAUCUUUGAAUGUUACUAUUCCUCAUUCGUUCUCCCUUAA